GAGUAGCAGCAGCGGCGCGGCGGGGCGGGCGGUGCCUCCAGUCGCCCAUGCCCCCUUUUGCCCUCCGCUCGCUGCGGGGGAAGAAGCGUGAACUUGAACGCUGCCUUCACUGCUCAGUGCGAGUCCAGGCAGAGGACAGACAGUCUUAUCAGUCCGUCCGAGCAGCUCGGGUUUCGGUCAACUCAUCGGAGAAGGAGCAGCCGGGCGGGGUCUGGUUCGGUUCGGGUUUUGCCCAGAAAGGUGCCAAAAGCUCGACGAGAUGUCCAGGCGCAAACUUGGAAGCAGACCGCAGCACCUGAGUGCAAUUCAAGAUGUCACUGAUAUGGCGGACGGCUUAUCAGGCGACCACCCUCCUCCUCCUCGUCUGCAGGUCCAAGCUCCUGACGAGGGUCGUGACCUUUUGACUUGUGGCCAGUGCAGCCAGGCCUUCCCCCUGGCCCACAUCCUGGCCUUCAUCCAGCACAAACAGGGCGGCUGCAGCACUAGAAACCAAACCCAGAACGCCAGCGCCACCCCUCCUUCACCUGCCGGCCGAGCGCGGCGGCAGGUCGACGGCACCGACCCGGGUCCGGGCUUCAUCGAGCUGCGACGAGGGGCGGCCAGGAAGCGAGUCUGGGGGGAGGAGCCUGGCGUGAAGGUGAAGGCGGAGCCCAGCAAAGCAGUGCCAGAGGAGCCGUCAUAUUUCACCUGCCAGCAGUGUGAAGGCGUAUUUCCAUCUGCAUGGGUGCUCUUACAGCACGCUCAGCACACACACUCCUUCAGCAUCUACCAGGAGGACGAGGAGGAUGACACCGAUGUGGGAGGAGGAGGAGGAAGAGGAGGAAGAGGAGGUCGUAAAGAGCACAAACCUGCUGCAGCCGUUCUAGAUCCACGCCAUCUGAGCCAAGCUCUUGCCUCAGCUUUCCAACCCUCCACUCUGCGCCUCGGCCGUUCCCGUCAGACCCACACCGCCUCCUCCUCCAGCAACCUCCAGGCUCUGAACUUUUCAGUGCGUCUCAGGGAGCUCGCUGAGGGGAAUAGUAACACCACUGGCAGCUCCUCUGGAGGCUUGGUGCUGUCUCCGUCCUCGUCCCCACCGGCAGCCUCUCCCUUCCCUCACACCGGAUCCCUCCAGGCUGAUUUCCACUGCGAGCUGUGUGACCAGAACUUCCAGUCUCUGCUCGCCUUGUCAGCCCACCGCCGGACUCACGCCUGUGAGAGGCCCUAUCACUGCGGCGUGUGCAGGCAGGCCUUCGCCCAGAGCGGUCAGCUGGCCCGUCACAUAAGGAGCCACCAUCGUGAGGCUGGAGGCGGAGGAAGCGGAUACGAGUCGGUAGAGAUGGGUAUGAUGGAGGACGAGGUAGGGAGGCAGGGGGUGAGAGGGAGGAUUCAGAUGCAGCCAGCUGGAAUCAUGGGGAAGGUUGGUGCAGACGUGAGAGCCCAGGGCCCCUCUGAGCUGGACCUCACCCUCCCCAAACACCCCUCCAUAGCCUCUGGUCUGAUGCUGCUGACCUCCCAGGUUAGACCACCAGAAAGUGGGCUGCUGAGGCUGUACCAGCGCCAGAGAGAGGGAGGUGAGGAGGAGGCAGAAGGGCAGGGGGAGCCUCCGCACACCUCGCCUUGUGCCAGUCCCUCUGAGGGCUCCCUGGAGAGCGGAGAGACGGGAGGCAGCGGCGAGAGCGGCAUCGCUAGUGGCAACUGCACGCCCAAACGUCCAGAGAUGGGCGACAGGGUUCGAGGAGUGGGAGAGUGGGAGAACGAACGAGGAGAGAUCAUUGAGAAAGAGUGGAGCUCAACCAAAGUCAGCGAGGUUGUGCAGGAGUGGCAGAUGGACAAUGAGCGGAGGAGUGUAGCAGGAGUUGCUAACACUGGAGGAAGCAGUAAUAAUAAUAAUAAUAAUACUUCUGCAAGUUCAGGUGGGAAGAAGAAGAAGGAUGAAGCCUGCGAGUACUGCGGCAAACACUUCAGAAACAGCAGCAACCUGACGGUGCACCGCCGCAGUCACACAGGUGAAAGACCCUACCGCUGCGGCCUCUGCAACUACGCCUGCGCACAGAGCUCAAAGUUAACGCGCCACAUGAAGACCCACGGGGCUCAGGGAGCAAAGGCUUCCUUUUUGUGCCAGCUGUGUGCUGUUCCCUUCACCGUCUACGCCACGCUGGAGAAACAUCUGAAGAAAGUUCACGGCCUGAGCCACGCCAGCGUCGGAGCGUACGCACAGGCCAGCGCCGCAGACACUUUAGCUGCUAUAAAAGCUGAGGAAGAAGCAGCAGCAGUAGUGGUGAAGAUGGAGGAGGAUGAGGCUAGUUUGGAUCGGACAGAAACGGAAAGCAAAAUGCAACGGGAUGCAGUGAAAAGCGUGGAGGAGGGGCAAAGCCAAGCAGAGUUUGUGGAGAGCAGAGGGAGUCCAGCUGUAGUGGGCGACCUCCCACCUGACAACAGUGCAGAGGCGAGUUCAGCUUUGACUUCUGCACCCUGAGAGCCGUUCUCAUUCACUUACUGACAAUAAAAUGGCACUGUAUAGGAUUUAACUUUCCCUUUCAAUAAAAAAAAAACUUGUCCCACCUUUGAGCUGACUUUCAAGUGAAACUGGAGUUUAAGGAAGAAGCUGCAGCACUGUGAGAGCAGGCGGCACUGAGGCGCACAGCAGCCACGUCGUACACGAUUGUAUGCAAAGCUGCUGGUUGAAACUAAGUGCCUACAGUUCUUUGCACCACAGAGAAAAACAAGGCCAUGACAUUCAGCAGGGAGAUUACCAUAGCUCUUGAACAGGAAGCGAACCGCCACAGGAAACUGAUCACCAUGCUUCAGUGCAGGAUGCAGAAAACAUUUGAUUUAUGUCUCUGGUGACCCACUGGACAGGUGGAGGCUCGUCGUAACUGUCAGAGAAAAGAUUAUAUUGAAUUUAAAAGAAGACUUAGCAAUAGAACAAUGUUAAUAUAUUUUCAGCACCAACAAAUGGAGAGAGGUCAUAUUGUGCUACCUAGCUGUUGCUGGUUUUCUUUUGAGAAGACCUUUUAAAGACUAAAGAUGUUUGAACAGACACAGAGGUGAAAUGAAUCCAAACACUGUCUGCCUGCAGUUUCUCAGACUCCUCUUUUUAAAGGCGCUUGGUUGUCACAACACUUGUCACUUAACGUAAUGUUUACAAGGCUCAUGGGGCCGAGCAAGGUUGUGCUCCUCACUUUGUGACAGUAUGUAUGGAUGAUUUUCAGUUCUGUUUUUUUUUCCCCAAUUUUAUAAAUGUGAAUACAGAGAUUUUAAAGUCUCAUCUACUGAUGUUUUCCAUGAUUAGUUACUAUGCAUACAAAAACAGCAAUUUUACCUACAUGUGAAACGGGUGUGUAUUAUUUUUCCCCUCUAUUUGUACUUAUUAUUGUGAUGGUAAUUUCUCUCUUUCAUUGUUUACACUUGUUAAGUGCCCGACUGCUUAAGCUCGUGCAUGUUUUGCAGCCAUUUUUUUUUUAAUGUCGUUGCCUGUGUUGGAGUUUCUCCUAAUUUAUGGAUGCUGCAUGUUGGUGGUUGUGCAACUAAAAAAAGUCUGUUUCACUGCUGAACUACAGGGUUGAGAGGCGCGGCAGUAGCUAGUUGACUGGUGGGAAGCCGCCAAGCGAGCACUUGGAUGAGUGAGUUGUGUGAAUGGUUUUGUGUGUGUGUGUGUGUGUGUGUGUACAUAUUCGGGAAAAAAAUCCUCAGGUGACACGUGUACUUGAACCUUCUGUCCUGUGAUAUUGUCUUUAGCAUGACUUGAAUCGGCAUAAUUAAAGCUCGAUACUGGAUUUUUGGUGCUGAUACCGAUUUGUAAAGAAUAAAAAGUUUUAUUCUAAUAUAUCUGGCUACAUCUACUGCACAGUGCUGGGACUAUUGGAAACAAUUAAGUUGGAGAUGCGCUGCUGGACAAACUUUGAUCAAACAAAUUGAAAUUACCCUAAGCAUCUUAGUUAUUGUCUAUAAAAAAUAUGUAUUAUCGGCACAUAUUGGAUUUCAUAUAUGCCGAUUGCGAGAUAUUUGUGAGCCAAUAUCGGCCAACCAAUAUGUUAGUCGAGCUUUAGUUAUAGUCGCAGUGUCAAGCUGCUGACGGUUCGUGAUGAGCCACCAGUGACUUAAAGACAAGCUAAAUUUAAGGGAAAUCUGCUAUUUUUUUACAAAUGAAACAGGUCAGAGUUCAAGUAAAUUGCUACCACCUUUGUCGUGACUACUGUGUGAUGACUUUGUGUUCCCAUUAACCGAUUCAGGUCAAAACAAGUUGUUGUGUGUGUUGUUUAAAAGUGAAUUCCGAAUGAGUGCAGUGUAACUGUUCAGGGAAAACAUUUUUUGUACAUAGAUUGACAUUCUUGCUCUUGCUAUCCUUAUUGUUGUUGUUAUUGUUAAUAAUAUUAUCUGCCUGCCCCUGUUACGAGCUCUUCACUUUUCCUAGCAUUGCUGAGUGUUUCCUUUCACGCUGAACACUGGCUGUUGUGAGGCUAUGCCGCUCUUCUGUCUUUGUAAACUUGAUUUUGUAAUUGACCUUGUCACAAGGAGCCUCAAUAAAGAAUUGGGGUAAAAUA